AUGUCGGCACUGAAGGACAAGUCUCUUGAUGCAAGUGUUGCCAAUCAGGAACGUACCAGUAAAGAUAUACAUGCAGUCUCUCCGAGUCACUCUGGGCCGGCCGCACCGACGUCGCAGAGUGCAUCGGACGCGGAGAAGGGUACACCAGGGGCCCAGCAAGGGAAACAAUACGAUUUACAUCCCAGCCCUCCAUUUUCAGUUUUCUCACUCAUACAAAAGAGGUUAAUCGUCUUCAUUGUCGCGCUGACGACCUUGCUCCCCCCUCUGACGGCUAGUAUAUUUUACCCUGUGAUUACCUUGCUUGCAAGAGACUUGAAUGUCUCUGUGACGGAAAUUAAUCUCACAAUUACCAUUUACUUGAUAAUCCAAGGCAUCGCCCCGUCGUUUGUGGGCAAUCUGUCCGACGAGAUAGGUCGAAGACCUGCACUCCUAGUCGCCCUAGUCAUCUAUAUGUGUGGAUGCGUGGGCGCGGCUGUCAAGGCCAACUAUGGACUUCUUCUCGCGAUGCGCUGCCUCCAAAGCGCUGGAAGCAGCGGUACCAUCGCACUGUCCCUCGCAACAGUGUCUGACAUUGUGACAUCUGCAGAAAGAGGACGCUAUACAUCGUAUGUGCAAAUGGGAUGGAUGCUUGGCCCUUCCUUAGGACCGGUUAUCGGCGGCCUAAUCAGUCGGUUCCUCAACUGGCAGUCCAUAUUUUGGUUUCUGGCCAUUUACGCCUCGAUUGUGUGGGUUGUUUCGAUCGUCUUCCUACCAGAGUCGAGCCGACGGAUCGUUGGCAACGGCUCUAUUCCACCUCCGCGAUGGAAUACUGCUUUGUUUGCAUACUUUCGACGCUCUUAUACAAUCCGUGACAAUGCUGCAGUGCCCAAUGAGCUACAGAAAAAGUCGCCGUCCAAAAGGGCAGCUAUCAACCCGCUGACCUCGCUAAAGCUAUUUCGCGAGAAGGAGACAUGCCUCUUGCUACUCUAUAGCGGUCUUGUCUACGCCAGCUCCUACAUGGUCCUGUCUACGUUCUCUGAUCAGCUGGAGGAGAUUUAUGGGUUUGAUACGUUGCGGAUCAGUCUCUGCUACCUGGCCUCUGGGUUUGGUACUGUGACAUCGGUUCUCUUAACGGGACGGAUACUGGACUGGAACUUUCGUCGUCACGCUGGGCUCGUCGGCAUGGAAAUCUCCAAGCAGAAACAACAGGACUUGUCAGGCUUCCCCAUCGAGGUCGCCCGCCUUCAAAGCAGCAUUCCCGCACUGAUUCUGGCCAGCGUAAGUCUGAUCUGCUACGGGUGGACGUUGCAGAAGAAGGCACCCUUGGCUGUACCAUUGAUAUUUCUCUUCCUGCAAUCCUUCGGGAGCGCAAGCUCCUUCUCGGGACUGAACAACUUGAUCAUGGACCUGAAUCGCGAUAGACCAGGGGUCGCGUCAGCAGCAAUGAAUCUGACCCGUUGUUGGAUGGGCGCCGGGGGUACAGCGUUUGCAAGUCCGUUGGUCAAAGCUGGUGGUGUCGGGUGGCUAGGGGUGGUUAUCCCUGGUAUUUGGUUGUUGUUCAGCCCACUCAUUCUCAUGGUGAUCAGGUAUGGUCCAGCAUGGAGAGAAGAGAAGCGGAUGAAGCAGAUGAGCGACGCCGAUGCGCCAUCGGGAGAGACGGCCGUAGUCUAG